AUGAGGGAAAAAAACGCUAUGGUUCUCCAAUCAAUCGCACCGAUCAAACCUCGUUCCUCCGAUCCUCCUCCAGCGGCUCCUCGCAUGCAGAAACCAAAGAUCAGUCAAGUACAUUCCGUCGUUAGCUCUCCGUCCAAACCGUGCCCGUUCUCCAAGCAGGCUGCACACUCGGUCUUCAAGUGCGACGUUUUUCGCAACUCAUCGGUUGCAGACAGGUACGAGCUAGUAAAGAAGAAGGCACUUUGCAUCAAUUGCCUUUCACCUGAUCAUCAAAUCAAAAACUGUUCCUCCAGUGCGUGUCGUGUUUGUGGGCAGAAGCACCACACAAUGUUACACCAACAAGCAAGCAAUCGCUAUCCAAACCAAUCACAAGCUCCGAAACAAACCCAAAGUCCACCCAAUCCCGAACAAACGCAAACUCAACCUCAGAACGCUAGAAAUCCACCAACUGCUUCGAAUCAGCCUCCUCCGCCACCCACCCCGGUCGCUUCAGUUCCCGUUGCUCCUCCGUCACUCAGUCACUGCUCCACUUCCUUGGUUGCCAACGUCCGCAAGAUUCCGUCAACGGUCCUGCUGCAGACAGCUUUAGUGAAGGUCGUCGAUUCUAGCGGAUACCUACUGUGGGCCAGAGCUCUACUAGAUCCUGCCUCGCAGCUGAAUGUCAUCUCUGAACGAUUGAUCCAGCGGUUGCAAGCACGGAAGAUCAAGGAUCAUCAUGUAAUCGGUGGAAUCGGAGGCUCCACGACUGUAGCAAACCAUUCUGUUCUGCUAAGCGUUCUGUCCCACUGCACUGACUUCAAUGCAGAUUUGAAGUUCUACAUUCUCGGUGAGAUAACACGCGAUCUUCCGUCGAACUCCGUGGAUGUCUCCAACUGGGAAUGGCCGUCCGAUAUCGUACUUGCUGAUCCGAAGUUCCAUGAGCCAGCCUCCGUGGACAUGAUCAUCGGAAUGGAGGUGUAUUACGAUCUACUUCUGGAAGGCUUUGUGAAGCUCGGCCCAGGCAAGCCGGUCCUCCAGAAAACCACCCUGGGCUGGGUCGUCUCCGGAAGAGUGGGCUUGAGCCAACCUCCAAAUCGUGCAGUUGCUGCACAUGUCUGCAGCACACUGUCCCUGGAAGAUUCGCUAGCAAGGUUCUGGGAAAUUGAGUCAUGCCAGUCAUCAAGCACGAUGUCCAUCGAGGAAUCGACCUGUGAAGCUUACUUCUCGGCAACUACCACCAGAGACGGGGAUGGUAGAUUUGUUGUGGCAUUGCCAAAGAAGCCGGAAGUCUUGAAUCGUCUAGGACAGUCCUACGAGAUAGCCAAACGUCGGCUCCUUUCGCUGAGCCGCCGUCUCGAAGCAAAUCCCGCGCUGCAGGCCUCAUACUCGGCAUUCAUCGACGAAUAUCUUCAACUGGGGCAUAUGGAGGAAGUGUUUCCGGAUACGCCGAGUGCGUCUGUCUCUUAUUUUCUUCCACAUCACUGCGUUGUCCGCCCGGAUAGCCUAACGACCAAACUUCGCGUCGUUUUCGAUGCGUCGUGCGCCACCGACACAGGAGUCUCCUUGAACGACGCCUUGAUGGUCGGUCCGGUGGUGCAGGAAGACCUCGUCUGCAUUACCAUGCGUUUUCAAUUGCCAAGGUUUGCCAUUACUUCCGACAUCGAGAAGAUGUACCGCCAGAUCCUGGUGAUACCAAGCGAUCGCCCUCUCCAACAAAUUCUGUGGCAAGACAAACCCGGAGAACCGAUCCGGGUCUUCCAGCUCAAGACGGUGACGUAUGGAACAUCCUCGGCGCCAUACCUCGCCACGAAAUGUCUUCAGGAAUUAUCCAGACACGGUCAGUCGUCGCAUCCAGCCGCGGCGGUAGUUCUCGCCAACGACUUCUAUAUGGAUGAUAUGAUUAGCGGAGUCAACAAUGCUGACGAAGGGAAGGUCCUGUGCAAUCAGCUUCUGGAGUUGCUGCAAUCAGCCGGCCUCAGCCUUCGCAAAUGGUCGUCGAAUUCCUCCGAAAUUCUGGAGAACAUUCCUGUCGAGCUCCGUGAUGGACGUGCCGUACUCGAUCUUGAUUCUACUCCGUCCGUCAAAACCCUAGGCCUCAAGUGGACGCCAGCUACCGACAACCUCGGUUUCCAUGUUCCGAAGUGGAAUGAAGAGAGUGUUAUCACAAAACGUAUUGCGCUCUCCGAUUCUGCUCGACUCUACGAUCCUCUAGGACUCGUAGGUCCAGUCAUCGUACUCGCUAAGAGCUUCAUGCAGGAGCUCUGGGAGAACAAGAAGGCCUGGGACGAACCGCUGGAAGAAGAUCUCCAACAACGUUGGCUGCAGUUCAGGAGCGAGCUUGCUGCAGUCGAAUCCAUCGCCGUUCCACGAUGGGUCAUUCCAAUUUCCAACCCCGUCAUUCUCGAAGCACACGGCUUUAGCGAUGCCUCAGAACGUGCGUACGGAGCUUGCGUAUAUCUCCGAGCAGUUUCCGCCAAUGGAGAGAUCUCUGUACACCUCCUCACCUCGAAAUCGAAGGUCGCUCCGUUGGGAAAUAGUAAGCAAAAGAAGAUCAGCCUUCCCCGCCUCGAACUCUCCGGUGCGCUGUUGUUCAGCCACCUUUUCCAGAAGGUCCAGCAAAGCCUGAAGAUGGAUUUCAAAUGCUUCUACUGGGUCGAUUCAACAAUCGUGCUGCACUGGCUGGCCGGAACUCCGUCCCGCUGGAAAACGUUUGUAGCCAACAGAGUCUCCGAGAUCCAGCAUCUAACCAGAGCUGGAGUUUGGGGGCACGUGGCUGGGAUGGAAAACCCCGCCGACAUAAUCUCCCGAGGAAUGCUGCCCGCUCAACUCAAGGAAACCGACCUCUGGUGGCACGGUCCCGCCUGGCUCCAACAAAUGCCCAGGUUCUGGCCGUCACACAUUCGUACGUCCGACGAUGAUUUCGUCGCUGGAGAUCUAGAAGAACGAUCGAUCGCCCUUCCAGUGCACAGUCAGCCUUGCAAUACAAUCUUCUCUCUACGGUCGUCGUUCCCGGCACUAGUUCGCCAAGUGGCACUCCUUCGAAGAUUCAUCCACAAUAGCACGCCUGCCAACCGGCAGCGUCGAGUCACCGGAUUCAUCCAAGCGCCAGAACUCCUUGAAGCAACCAACACUCUCGUUCGUCUGGCACAAGCCGAGUCGUUCCACGAAGAUCUCCGAGCCCUCAGCGCUGGCGGUCAAGUCAAGCCAACCUCGAAAUUGAAAAACCUCUGUCCUGUCGUCACCAAUGGCGUCCUGCGCAUCGGUGGCCGGCUUCGAAACGCGCCUGUGUCCGAAGAUCGCAAGCACCCGAUAAUUCUCGGCACUCAUCAUCCGCUAACAGAGCUGAUCAUGGUUUCCUACCAUCAGCGGUUGUUGCACGCCAGACCCCAGCUGCUGAUCGCAAGUGUGCGAGAAAGGUUCUGGCCCCUACGAGCACGCAACCUGGCGCGGAAAGUUGUACACAGCUGCUUGAAGUGCUUUCGUUGUAAACCAACUGUAUCCGAGCAGAUUAUGGGAGACCUUCCGGCCGAGCGCGUGACUCCAACGUUCCCGUUCUUGACCACCGGUGUCGAUUUGUGUGGUCCUCUCUUCUAUCGCUAUCCGCUGAGGAAGUCAGCUCCGGUUAAAUGCUACGUUGCAAUUUUUGUGUGCCUGGCAACGAAAGCGAUCCACGUCGAACUUGUCGCAGAUCUUUCUACUGCUGCAUUUAUCGCUGCCUUGAAGCGCUUUGUAGCUCGCCGUGGCAGGCCAGCCGUUAUUGAAUGCGACAACGCCAAGAAUUUUCUUCGAACCUCACGAACACUUGCGGAUCUCAAAGAACAAUUCUGCUCACAACAACACAAGCACGCUGUCACCACUUACUGUGGUGAAGAGGGGAUAUUUUUCAAAUUUAUCCCUCCACGUUCUCCCAAUUUCGGCGGCCUCUGGGAGGCCGCGGUUAAGUCCUUUAAGAAGCACUUCAAGGCCACAAUCGGAACGACAGUGCUCUUGAAACGGUUUUGGCCCAAAUCGAAAGCUGCUUAAACUCCCGUCCGCUUACCCAGCUGACGUCCUGAAGGAAGAAAAUCUCCCGCCACUCAGGUGGCUCUACGGCCGCGUGACCCAGAUCUUCCGCGGCGACGAUGGGAACGUUCGGGUGGUCUCUGUCCGAACCAAGGAUGGCGAAUACCGACGUGCAAUCUCCAAGGUUUGCGUCCUUCCGGUACAACCACCAGCAAUCGCUGGUGACAACGAACUUCUUUCCGAGAUGUAACAGCAUGCCCGCUCUUGUUUUGUCCAACCACUAACCCUUAGUACAAAACUAAUGCUUCCCUUUCGUUCCCGAACAACUACGACAUCGACGAUAUCCGAGACUGGCCCCUGGCGCUCUGGUGAUCUGACGACAACUGGCCUCCAACACUGGCCUCGAACCUCGCCAAACCGACAACCGUGUGAACACUCCCUUCGAACGCUUCAAGCAAACGGAUUUUCUUCAGGCUCCACAUACUUAGUUCCGAAGGUGAGUUGUUCCGGUUUUACACCGUCAAUCUAUUGUAUACUACAUCACUCCUGUUCCCGAGGUGCGCCAAAACGCCAAUCGUCACGCCCGAGGUCGAUAUCAUCGUCAAACCGUCAAGAGCCUGCGCCAGUGUGAUGCCAUUCCGUGUUCAGCCAACCGAAGCUAGUAAUCGGCAAUUCGCCGACCGAGAAGAAUUGACAUUCCGCCAAGUGUGAAGGAUCGGCCACCCGCUGACCAUGAAGAGCCGGCAGUCUGCCAAGCCCGAAGAGGUCGAUGUCCCCCCAUGUCAACAACUCGAAGCUGUCAACAACCCGAAGAGGUCAACCACCCCGGCGAUGCACCCAGGAUGCACGCGUCGGAGCCGAACAAUGAUCAACAAACCGAAGAAGCACGUGUUAUGAAGUUGUGUUUAUAUUGCAUAGUUACUACCGGCCCACCAAGUAGUCUGUAGAAUAGGGUUCGUUUGAAAAGUAAACUUUUCAACGGUGGCCGGCUAUGGUGAAAAUUGAAUUAGAAUCCAAAUGAAUUGUACCACCCUAACGUAGUACUAGAUUAGAUAUAGGUAGUGAUCUCUCUCGAUCAUAUGCAAUAUCAGAAAUUGUCCUUAUUUUCGUACCGAACGCUCGCGAUAACGAACGCAGGUAGAAUUUCAGAUCGUGUUUCAUAGAUCAUGAGCAUCUCAUAUAAGACUAUAGAAGAGCCAGACCAGUUAAUUGCAAAUAAACUACCAUAUCAAACGCAUGAACCUCUAUAUCGUUGUGAUAUUGAAGAGAGCAAUAAAUCCAUUCGUAAUUCUUACACCAAGACCGGACCAAAUUAGUUCUUUUUUCGUUACAACUUGCUUGACCAAAUCUCACCCCCCUUCUUAAUAUUUAGACAUAGGGUCGAAAAUAUUGAAUUUUUAAAUAAAAAAAAGCAAUGACAGCCCGCCUUUUUCGUUGCAUCUACUAGGCAACACCUACAGCUAACCACUUAUAAGAAAAUUUAUGGUUAGGUACUUGUGUGAAACAUUACGGGGGAGAAUUUUUUUCAGAGUGAUUUUCUAGUAGUUUCAUCAUAUAAGUUUAGCCACAAAUUUAACAAAAAACCAUUAUUCUUCAUCAUGACGUGUAAAAACAUUUCCUCUUUGAAAUAAUAUAAAAUUUUCAAUACAAAUUAGCGAUAGUUGAUGAACUAUUUCAAAUUUUAUGUUUCUCCGUUUUGACCCAAUCUCACCCCCAGACCCAUUGUCACCCCCAUCGACGGUAGUGAAUUACUAAACGUAAGUUUAUUAGAUUGCUGAAACAAUAGAAAACUGACCACUUAUUUUCGUUUAGGAAUUUAUAACUUUCAUUCUCUCAAUAAAGUUUAUGAUUCGGAUAAUUCGGGCGACUUCUGCGGCUAGUUUUCCAACAUUUUAUAAAUUCGUUUAAGGCUUUUUACGGCAUCAUCACCAUCGGCAGCCAUGUUGGAUAUGUGAUUCUAAAUUUCAAAGUGAUAAUUCUCAGCCACGAAAGUGAAUAUGCGCAUGAAAAAGUAUCAUCCUAUAUGCUUACUAGCAGUGAUUGUUAUGAUACUUUUUCAGCUGCGUUACUGCAGAAUUAUCAGUUUUUUAUCACUUCAAAAAAGGCGAGGCAAGCAAUCAUUGAAAAUCAAAAAGUCAAUGAUUCGUAUGAAAGCUCAGUGAUGCAUCAUGACACCUUAACCGAAUUGAGAGAUGUCGUCAAAGCAUUCUACCCAGUCAACCAGUGAUCGUAUAAAAUGUUGCAUAAGAUGUUAAAGGGGAGGCGAUAUACGUACAUUUUGCAUGCGUCUAAAUGCACGCAUAUGGCCUCCACUUUAUCAUCAUAUGCAACAUCUUAUACAAUUUCUGGUUGUCUGGGUAAGGCUGGAAACGGAGACGAGGCGGGAACAACGGGCGCGUCGAGGACGGAUACGCAGCUAGUUCCACCUCCGUUGAAUACGAUCGUAGGUUUUGGUUAUGAAAUGCAGGUAAACGUAGAUAAGCAGUUAUCAUAUUGUCCUGAGACGGGUAUAGUAAUCUAUGAAAUCUAUUUUUAAAUUUCUUAAAGGACUUUCCCAUGAAUUUCUACUUGAUCAAUGGAAUCUAAUACUAUGAACACUCUCGGAUAAAGCGUUAUUUACUUGAUAAUUUUUUUUUAUAAUCGUCUUCAGACUAGAUUUUCAUAUCUGGAUCUCUGUUAUGCUUAGUUUAUAGUAGAUGCCCUAAUCAUGGCUACGCUUGUUAAGCUAUAUUAUGAUUUCUUCAAUAACAACCCAUAUUUUUGGAAGAAUUUUCCAUAUUUUCUGGAUUUUUCUACAAUGAAAAAAAAAAAAUAUCCUCUUAAAAGAGGGCACCCACAACACUGUGGCCCCGGGCCGCCACAUUUGUAAAUUCGGCCCUGGCACGGCUAAAUAUCACAUGGAUAUGUGAAAUUCAAUAAUCAGUAAAGAGGUGAUAUUAUAAUGUUUAGUUGCUUACCGUUAUCAUAGGCAUACGCAGAUAUACUGUAUAGACCAAAACUAGUCAGUAUGGAAUGGAAGCUUUUCAAUUUAGAUAUCGUCUCACCUUAAACUUAAUUCAAUUUCACUGUUUAAGCAAGCAAGGAUUUCUAGGACCCAUAUAGGAUAAGUCGAUUUUAGAUAUAAUAUAAGAUUGCUUCACUAAUUUCUACUGGGUAUUUCUCCAGGAUUUCCUUCUGGGGAAUUCUUCAGGAGUUCCCUCUUUAGAUUCCUCCAGGUGUUCCCUCUGAAUAUUCCUCCAGGAGUUCUCUCUGGGGAAUCCUUUAGGGGUUUCUUCUGGGAAUUUCUCCAGAAAUUAUUUCUAAGGGUUUCUUCAGGAAUUCCUUCGUACAGUAAUAGACAUUCGUUUAGCCGAGACCAAAAGAAGUGUCAGGGAACUCAUACAAAAGAUUUUAUGAUAAUUUUUUUUUAUCGUAGUGAUAGUAUAUCUAGUAGUGUUUUAUAAAAAUGUGAUACUGAAACAAAAACGAGGGUUAAACCCCUUCAAAUGUCAUUUUUUGCCUAAACAUUCGUUUAGCCGAGGUAAAUGAAAAAUUGGUUUUCAAUAGAUUUUUUUUGCAAUUUCGUGAGUAUACUUCGAGUAUAUACUCCAAAGCAUUUAGUUUAUGACGUGUUAGCAAGAUAAUUGACCUUAAAAGUUUAUUUAUUUGUGAAAUUCAGAGAAAUAUUAAAAAAAAAAUGUCCCGAUAAGGAGAAGCGACGAUAAACAAAUUUAUCUAAGAAAAAUGAUUUCUGUAAAUACUCAAACGUAAGCUAGAUUUGCAGUUUUGAAAGCAUGGCACAGAAUUAUUGUUAGAAAUGUUCAAAUUAUUGCAUAAAAUGUUAUAUUGGUUUUUGGUUGUUUAAACUUUAAAAUGGGAUUGAUAAAAGCUAAAAUAUAUAGUUCUGCAUUGAAAUAAAGACGUGCCCUAAUGCCUGUUGUUACCGUUUCGGGUACUUUACCCUGUGAUCCAACUCCGAGCCGAUGCUAUUUGAGAAGAGAGUCAUAGGGUUUUGUUUAUUAACUGCUGGUUUAGUUUGUAAGUCACUCAAUACUUGUAAGCAAUAUUGUAUGAAAGUCUAUACAUCAGCAAUACUCAAUUAGAAUAACUAUAAGACCCACUCCCAAUCCCAACUGUAAAUUCAAAUAGGAAGGAAAAUUGUAACACACGUAACACCAUGCACAUACACAUAAAGAGAUGGGAGGAAUGAAGGAGUGACGAUUGAAAAGAUUCGAGGGAGGGGCGAAGGAGGAAUGAAUAGUGGUUGGGAAAAGGGACCCAAGCAGCACCUGCAACAUCAUGCAGAUUGUGGCUUUCUAUGCUUUGGUCUAAAUGAGUUGCACUAGAAGCACACGAAACUUCCAUCUUGUCAGCUGAGUUGCAUUUAAACUCCGAAAUUCGUAAAGUUGUGGCUUUGUUUCAUUGAAACCACAAAUUACCCCGUGUUUGACCUCGAUUCGUGGAGGCGGAGCUUACAUAUUGCUCGCAAGUGAUAAUACAGUCAGCUUACAUUAAGAGUGUUAUGUAACAUGCAUGAAACAUCUAACUCUGGUUUGUUUGUUCAGAUUAGGUUUCAUAUGCGUUACAGAAAACUUGAGCGUCUUUUCAUUUUGACAGUUCUCUAACUUGUGACAAAUAAGGUGCAAUAAAGUAACAAGUAACUUCAGUAGCUUUUAUGGUGUGUUGAGCAUCGAUUCUCUCACAGAGCUUUUGGUGUAGUAUGUAAGGUGAGUAGAUAAUACUCCUGGUGUCCAUGGUUCGAGUCUGGACAAAAUCUUUUCCCAACCUUUUUAUAAUUCCUCCUCGUUUAUGUUGCAUAAGAAUUCAGAAUCUGCGCUUUUUGGGUUUCAAAGAAGAAGCAAUUGUGUUCUGUCGUCCGUAAUACGGACAGUGAAUAAAUUGCACUAAGGUUGCUGUUACUGGAUUAGAAACAAGUCGUGUUGCUUGGGGAGGGGAGGUAUGGAUUAAGGUUUGCCAAGAGAAAAUCGGAUUGCGGAGUUCUUUUCCACUCGAAACUUCAAGUGUUCAACAUCGUUCGAAAAGUUUAUUCUACACCGAGAGUCGCCUUUGAGGCCCACAUAUAAGUUCAGUGAAGUGAACUACAGUCAGAAGUAGCUCCAGAUAUUGGCCAUUUAGUGGAAAAGAAAAACCUAGUUAGAGCGAAAGCCAAUUAAGUACCUGUUGAGUCAGGUAACCUAACCUAUAGAAACCCCGUGUGGCAUUCCUGUAUCCUAAGACCUCCCCGAAUUCCCUUUAGGACCCGUCCAGAGCGUCCGCUCCGAAACAGCUAGGAGCAAGUAGCCAGUGGAAACCGUGAAUAGUGACCCACGUGGAGUGUUCAUCCUAAGGCCAGGUGUACGCAAACCCUGUCUGGCCGCCCACGUGGUGAGA